AUGGGCAAGUUAUACACCUACCCCGAUAACUUCCGUGCCGAUAAGAUCAAGGCCGUCGCCGCUAUCUCCGGAUACAAGCUCGAGGUCGCCUCUGACUACGUCCACGGCGUCACCAACAAGACACCCGAGUUCGAGUCAAAAUUCUUCGGAAAAGUUCCCGCCUUCGAGGAUGGCUCCACCGCCCUCUGCAACGACACCGCCAUCGCCCACUUCGUCGGCAACGAUCAAACACGAGGUGGUGCCAAGGCCCACGACGUUCUCUGCUGGUCUGGCUUUGCCGACAGCACCCUUCUCCCCGCCAUCGCCCAGUGGGUUUGGCCUACUUUGGGUGUCAUCGCUCCCAACAAGCAGCACGUCUCCGAGGCCAAGGAGAGCCUUAAGAAGGCCUUCACCUUCAUGAACGGCUACCUUGCCACCUGCACUUUCCUCGUUGGUGAGCGAAUCACUUACGCUGACAUCGCCGUCGCCUUGACCCUCAAGUCCGGCUACGAACAGGUCUUCACCCCAGAGUGGCGAAAGGCCUACCCCCAUGUUAACCGAUGGUUCUUGACCACUGUCAACCAGCCAGCUGUCGCCGGCGUCAUCGGUGAAGUCAAACUCGCAGUCAAGGAGGCCCAGUUCGACGCCAAGAAAUUCGCCGAAGUCUCUGGCAAGGCCAACAAGAACGCUGCCAAGAAAGAAGCCAAGAAAGAAGCGAAGAAGGAGGCAAAGAAGGCCGAGCCCAAGGCCGCCGCUGCCCCCGCUCCCGCCAAGGAGGACAAGCCCGCCGACCCAUGGGAGGGCCUUGCCAAGCCAUGUGUCGACAUGGACUCCUGGAAGCGAUUCUACUCCAACAACGAUGAAGACAAAUCCGUCGAGCACUUCUGGAACAACGUCAUCACCGACGAAGUCAAGAAGGAGUACUCCCUCUGGGUUGGAACUUACAAAUACGCCGACGAGCUCACCCAGCCCUUCAUGGCCUCCAACCUCAUCGGUGGCAUGUUCCAGCGAAUUGAGAAGCUCCGAAAGCACGCUUUUGCUUCCUGCGUUGUCGGUGGCGUGCCCAACGACCUCAACAUCACCGGUCUCUGGUUCUGGCGAGGACAGACCCUUGCCUUCCCCCGAUCUCCUGACUGGCAGAUCGACUACGAGGUCUACGACUGGCAGAAGCUCGAAUGGGACGCCCCCGAAGUCAAGGAUAUGGUCGCCAAGUACUGGAUGUGGGACGAGAAGGCCCAGUUCGCCGGCAAGCCCUUCAACCAGGCCAAGAUCUACAAGUAA